ACUCGCACAGGUGAAGCCUACCUGUGUGUCACGACAGCAAAAGUACUUGUCCUUUCCCCUUAAAAAAGGCCGCGUGGAUAGAAGUUCUCGUCAAACAGCCUGUCUGGUUGUCUGGAGUCACAGGACACAAAGAUGUGGUUCAUAGCGUCCCUGCUACUUGUUCUCCUGAACGGUCAAACGGAAGCAGCGCAGUGCGCAUGCGCUACUACGGGGCUGAACGUGCGCAGUGCAGCAGGAACGUCACAUGGCAUCCUCCACGUCAUGGAGACCGGCGAUUGCGCCACCUACCUGGGCCAGUCCAGCCAGGCCGACGGAUACACCUGGCUGCACCUGAGUGUCGCUGGGCAGACUGGAUGGGCGGCCUCCAACUAUUUGCACGUGGGAGAGUGCGGUACGAGCUCAGUGCAGCUGUCCGGAUGUCCACACAUCGUCACACGUGCUGAGUGGGGUGCACGUGCACCCAAAUCUCACAUCGGCAACAUGGCGGCCUUGCCCAUCUACGUCUUCGUCCAUCAUGGCGACGGCGGCGAAUGCUUCGACAGGGCCUCCUGUAUCGCCAAAGUGAAAGAGUACCAGAACUAUCACAUGGACACUCAUGGCUGGUCCGACAUCGGCUACAACUUCGUUGUCGGUGAGGAAGGCAACGCGUACGAGGCCCGCGGCUGGUCCGAGAUCGGGGCCCACACCCUGGGCUACAACAACAACGGCAUUGCGAUCUGUGUCAUCGGUGACUUCAACAACCACGUGCCCAACGCUGCGGCGCUGGCCACGGUGAAGCAGCUGAUCCAGUGCGGCCUGGCCAACGGCAAGAUCAACCCUAACUACACCCUCAAGGGGCACCGUGACGUGGGCGACACUGACUGCCCGGGCACUGCCUUCUACAACCUCAUCCACACCUGGCCCCACUACGCCAGUGGCACGGCGCUGUACGGCUGACCGCGGGGCCUGGCCCACCACGUGACACGUGACACACCUGUCGGCUCUACUUUGGUCUUAUCUUGCUUUGCACUGUCGGCACGUUCGACACAAUUCAUCGACUUUAAAAAAAAAAUGAAGUUUUGUCUAUAGACUAAUAAAAUUCCAGACUACA